AUGUAUAAAUUAAAAGCUCUUACAGAAACUCUUGAAACAAAAUAUUUAUCUUUAGUUGAAGCUGCUACUUUAAUAGAUACAACUAUUCAAGUUUUAGAAGAAAUUAACUCAAAUUCAAACUCAAUGAAUAAUUUAAUUGACAGUGCUAUAUCAUUUUCAACAACUUUAGGAAUAAAUCCAGAAAAUGAUUUUAAAAUACACCAUCGUCAUAAAAAGCCACCUACUUGGCUAGACAAAAACUCUAAAACUCAGGUAGAAUUCAACAUGCACACGUUUUAUUGA